AUGCUUUCCUUAACCACUACUCUUGUUCUCGCAAUUAGCUCCCUUUCGCACGCCUUCCUCCUCGCUCAAACCUUGCAACCUCGCGAUCGCUCCGGCGAAAUUACAAAAGACCCAGUAAUCGACCCGGAAGUCUACGAAGAUCCAGGACCCGAUCCCAAUAAUAUAAUUAUAAAACCGAGUACCCAGCCUCUCCGAUUCUGUAACCUGCGGACUAGCUUUUCAAAAUAUGAUUUCAAGUCUACGGCAAAGGUUGGGGGUAGGUGGGAUAAAAUGGGAGAUCCAACCACCAUUAGGUAUCUAGUAGCGGCAAAUUGGGGGGGCUCACUACCACUAGAAGCUAUAGCAUUUUACUCUAGCAGUAAUUGCGAGGAGAAGUUCUUAGUUAUGAUGAUACGUUUUUUUCUGAGCGAGGAUAGUAUACAAAUCGUACGCCUUACUGAGUCCUACGUGCCCGGGAACCUGGUGGCCUGGCAGGCCGUAUCAAUUCAGAAUCCUGGUGCUGUAUAUUCAAACAGAAACGUCGCGGUUCUAGCCUCAUCUAUGACACCGGGAAGCGUAUACAUCCCCGUCCCUGGCCGGGAGCCAAUGACCGCCAAUGGAGAACUAGUACUCGAUACUCAAGCAAUAUACUGUCUCGGUCUCGUUCAUCGAGCUUUAUUCAAUAACUACAAUCUUGCGAAUUUACGCAAGACCGGAAUGCUUGAUAUCCGAAAUUUAUAUUCUCGAGUUAAAUACCAAAUCAAAUCCGCAGAACUCCCCAAGUCGACGAAAUAUAAUUUUCGAUGCGCUCCUAUUUCAUCGGAUGAGGAUAUGGAAGGGUAUGAAUCGGAGAACGAAGCUUUAUUCGAGGUUAAUAUUAAAAAUGUACAUCCCGCGGAGAAGGGAGAAUAUAUGGUCAACUCUAUUGUUGCCUCUGAUUUCCCUUGGGAUGAGGGGGUGGAUCCAACCCAAAAGAGAUCACCAGAUCAAAUAGUUGAAGCAAUCUUAGAUCUCGACAGAUUGGACGUACGAGAGCAAUUCCCGACUGUGCUAAACCGCCUUUCGGAAAUCCAGCUAGAAAAGGCGGCUGCAUCAAAAAGAUAUCCUGUUAUCAGCCCCGCGGACCUAGAUAUCUACCAGAGAGAGGAGGAUAAUCAAAAUAACAUCGUGGUGCCCAUACCGAGAAGACCCAAAAAGCAGCGACUAGAAACUAUCCCGCAAGGUGGACAAAGGGCUAGCACAGUUGGCAAGAAGAUUAUCAAUCUCCUUGGUGAUGUAACCGAUCCGUUUGGCCAUAUUGGAAUUGAUACGAAGUUACUCGAAAGUCAGCAUAGUUUCCUUCCGCAAAGACCAGACAUGAGGAAACAAGAUUACGUUUUUGAAAAGGAAUUGUUUGACAUUCUCAAAAGUUUUGGCCCGAGGCAGAGAUUUAGAGCAUGGAAUUCAGCCGUUAUUGAGGAAGAGGGGCAACAUGGUCCCGCAAGCAUGUCUCCAAGUUCGGAUAGGGCAGAAAUAGUUAAAGAGAGAGAAUACGAAGAUCGUAUUGAAGAGGAGCCCUCCGAUAGUAUGGAGGACGUGAAUGAAGAGUUGAUAUCUCCAGCAUUGACGACAGAUUAUAAUCCUGGAGUUAUUGAUUCAAGCAUAAGCACACCGGGCCCGGAGGAUACUAAAGAAGAGGAGGAUUACAGUACAAGAACACAAUAUGGAGGCGAAGAAGAAGAAGAAGUAAAACAGGAAGAACCACAAGUUGCAGCUGAAGAGGAUGUUAAUGUUGAGGGAUCAGUUAAGGCUGAGUAUGAAGAGUCGGUAAUCAAGGAAGAAGAACCCGAGUAA